AUGGAAAGCAAAGAGUUAAUUAAGCCUAAAGGAACUGUCAAAACUAUUGAGGGUAAGGAGGGUGACGUAAUAGAUUGUGUAGAUAUCUAUCAACAACCUGCUUUCGACAGUCCAUUACUUAAGAAUCAUACGAUACAGAUGGAACCCAGCUCAAUUCCAAAUGUAACAAACAGAGAAUUCUCCAAUGCUGAGUUGUUUCAAGGUUGGCUUGAGGAUGGACAAUGCCCUAAAGGAACAAUCCCAAUUAGACGUGCACGAGAAUUUGAUGCACACCAUGGUAUACCCCCAAUUGCGCAUCGGAAAAAGCUUAAUAUUAGCCUUGAUUAUGAUUAUAAUCGUGGUCAUGAGUAUGCCGUAGUUGAUCUGCGUGGUGGCAACUACUAUGGAGCACAUGCAUCAAUUAACGUAUGGAACCCUGCGACAUAUAAUGGGGAAAUUAGCAUUGCUCAAAUAUGGCUUGCAUCAGGUCCUAGAGACCUACUAAACACCAUUGAAGCUGGAUGGAAGCGUGAUGGGUACCAAAGAACUGGGUGUUACAAUCUUGACUGUCCUGGUUUCGUGCAAGUAAACCGUAGAUUUGUAAUUGGUUCUCCCAUAAAGCCUUUUUCAAGCUACAAAGCGAAGCAAUACGAGAUAGGAAUAACCAUAUACAAGAAUAAAGGAAAUUGGUGGCUACAAGUGCAAGAUCAAGUACUUGGAUACUGGCCUCACUUAAUCUUCACAAGAUUAGCAACCAGUGCUACCGGAGUUAGCUGGGGAGGAGAGAUUUACAACAAAGGCCAAGGGGGUCAUCACACAUCAACUCAAAUGGGGAGUGGACAUUUUCCGACUGAAGGAUAUGGAAAAGCAAGUUAUUUUCGCAAUAUUCAAUAUAUGGAUUAUACAGGCAGAUUCAAUGACCCUGAUCAGGGAUUGGUAGCAUAUGCAACGAAACCUUCGUGCUAUAGUAUAAGUGUUGCCAACAAUAAGAAUGGAGGCUAUGGAACCCAUUUCUUUUUUGGAGGUCCUGGGUAUUCGGCAAUAUGUCCGUCUUAG